AUGGCAGACUUGGUUCUGCGCUCCGAAGUCGAGGAGACGCUCAAUGAAUACCAGGAGCCGGUCAAGGAUGCUGGUCCCAUCCGCCAUCUUUCACCAGGCCGACCUCGGCGACUGGCCUCAGAUCAACUCGUUAUGGGCGAGUGCCCUGAAGACAUUUGGGCGAGUCAACCCGCUCGUCAAAAGCGCCGGACUGUAUGAGCCUCCCUUCAGUGACUUCUGGGAAUCCUCCUGGUAAAUCUCCGCUUUCUCAAGAUCUGGCCGGUGCUCAGGUCGGCGUCUACAAGACGUAUGCCGUGAACAAAAUUGCACCUGUCAGGCUGGCCCAGAUUUCCAUUGAGUACUGGCUGCGCCCAGAGCAUCGCGAGCUCCAGGGCGGCAUUGUCUGGGUGACAAGCAUGGCAGGCGAUAUCCGCGGACUCCUCCACCCCUUUUAUUAUUCGAGCCAAGCGGCGGUCGUGAGCAUGUGCAAAUCCCCGGGGUCGCUGAACAAAAUUGCUGGGAUCUGUAACGUGGCCAUAUGCCUCGUGUUGUCGAUGUAUGCUCCAUGUUUAUUUCGGUGUCGCUUGCGUCUCGUCAUUGCCGUCUUGCCAACUCGGUAGCUAACUAUUUCACCUGUUAGACACCAAUCUUGCACGCUUGA